AUGCUGCUGUCCCAAGGAUUUGAACCGAAAUCGAUCGAUCGACUUGUGUCUAUACACGUGCUGGAGCCUGCUGAUCACUCAGAAUGGGCAGUACCCAUCGUCGUCAUUCAGAAGGAAAAUGGAUCAAUCUGCCUCUGCGCAGACUACUCAACAGGACUGAACGAUGCACUCGAACAAAACCAGCAUCCGCUUCCAACCCCAGAGGACACCUUCACGAAACUCAACGGAGGACGCUAG